GGGAGAGGAGAAGGAUGGAUGGAGCAUGGCCGACAUUAAAGUUGUGGGAAAACGCAGGAGGGAGCUUGUCGGACCUGAGGCAAAGCGAUCUCGCGCUCAGUCUCCGUGUGUUGUAGCAGAUUUCAGACUGCCUCAGUUCAACCCUAACAGCCCCAUCGGUCAGGAGUUUGUGGUCCCUAAAUCAGGAUUUUUCUGUAACAUCUGCUCUGUUUUCUGCCUGAAUGAGAAGACCGCCAAGGAACUCCACUGCUGCAGCCAGAAACACUACGACAACCUGCAGAAGUAUUAUGAGGAACGUCGACAAAGAGCUACAAGACUUUGUCUCACACGUCUCCAGGCUCCGUUUCUGACUGAUGGACCUAUCUACUGGAGAACAAGCCAUUGUUAUGAUCCUACUAGUUCAGAAACUAAACUAAUCGCCUUCUGGCACUUUUGUU